GCCUUUAUGCAUGUCAGUUGAUUUAGCUUGUAAAAAUUGCCCUUCCGUGAGGAAUACCGUUAAUUAUGUUUUCGCGCUCCUGAACUUUGAGUACAAGCUCAAGGCAAGCUCGCUUGCCUGUUAUCAGAUUUCAACUUGUAUGCAGCGUUGGUGGUGGUUGUGUCAGCUUAAACUUUGAUAUUUGCAGUGAGCAAGCAAGUAAACACGAAGCUCUCCGCUCAUAACAUAGAGUAAAGAGCGAAAUCAACAGGGAAGUGCAAAUAUGCCGGUGUUAUAUAAUCGUGUAGACCAUAGAAUGUUGAGACAGUUCGGCAACAGGUUCUUGGACUUCUAACCAACAUUAGAAAAGUAGAGCGAUGUUGAAAAUAUAUUUAACUGUGUUAAUAAUAAUAAAUGGUGUGGGUGGCCAAAUUAGCUUUUCAUCAUUACCUUGUACCCAUCGAAGUCCAAAAAUUGUAGGAGGGUCGGAAGCAGAAAAAAGCGAAUUACCAUUUAUUGUAAGCCUUAUGCGACGUGGAGGACAUUUUUGUGGCGCUAGUAUUUUAAAUGAUCGGUGGCUUGUGACGGCUGGACAUUGUGUCUGCAAUGGAUUGAACAAGAUUUAUCAAACAUCACAAAUCCAAGGUGUUAUAGGUCUCCACAGUAUAUCACAGUAUCUUAAUGGUAAUUCAGCCGAAAAAUCGACUCCUGUUCGCGUUAACUUUAAAAGUAUUAUACCUUAUCCAAAAUAUGAGUGCACCAACGUGAAACAUGAUAUUGCUCUACUUCAGUUGGAUGAACCUUUAAAAUUUACAGAACGUGUCAAACCAAUAUGUGUUGGUGUUGAAAAACCUCUUAUAGAAUACGAAAAUCAAUUAGCAAUAGUAUCUGGUUGGGGAUGGACAGAUGAAAAUCAAGAAGAAGGUCACAAGGCAGACAUUUUAAAAAAGGUUACCGUGAAAAUCUGGAAUAAUACUAGUUGCGAGAAAUUUUAUAAAAUAAAUGGGAAUCCGAGCAGUAUAAUCUCAGACACCCAACUAUGUGCCGGAUUCAAAAACGGGGGAGCAGAUUCUUGUUGGGCUGAUUCUGGAGGUCCACUAAUUAUGAAAGAUAAAAUAUUAGUUGGAAUUGUUUCAACGGGAAUCGGAUGCGCUAGACCUGGACUUCCGGGAAUAUAUACACGAGUCAGCAAGUAUGUUGAUUGGAUUGAAUCAGUUUUAAGAAACGCUAACGCUCUCUAAAAUGUACUGUGAUAUUAAUACAUAUAUUACCAUGAGUAUUUUGCAUCUAAUAGUAAUUUCUAGAUUAUAACUUAAUUUAUAGUAUCUGAAUUUGUAAUAAAGUAUAGUACCUGAAUUUUAUAAA